AUAUAAAUAUUGCAGUACAGAGUUGAUAGUGACAUAUAGUAAAUAUAAACAUUGUAAGACUAUUUUAAUACCGACGCGUAAACUGACGAUCGUAAGAUAUAUCGUUGUUAUCAAAUCUUAUACACAUGUUAUGCGACAUAACGAGGAAACGUAACGAUAGAAAGUGCAAGCAAAAUUGCAAAACGGAUAACAGUUAAUUGUCAACAUGGCGGAUAGUGAUUUUCUCAUUACAAUUUCAGGUCCCGCUCUAUCAUUAUUGUUUUAUGAAAAUGUUCGUAGCAGUGGGACCCAGAUGGGCUUUUUGCUAGGAGAAACACUUGAAUUUGUUAGGAAAACGGACACAGAUUUAUACAAUCAAGUAGAAACAGUGAAAAUAUACAGUAAUAUUGAGGCUGUUGUAACUUGUCCAUUACCAGAUUCCUUACACAACUCUAUUGGCAAAAUUAAUAAGGAAAAGUUAAGGGACUUUUUACGUGAUAAGAGUAAACAAGUGAUAGGUUGGUUUCACUUCAGAAGAGAUAUAGCAUUGAUACCUACAUUUAGGGACAAAUUAUUGCAUAAAGAAUUCUCGUCAUAUUUUUCCAAUGAAAAUGGUUGCAAAGAAGAAUUUUUUGUUACAUGUUUAUUAAGUUCCUCAACGAGUAGUGAAAAAGGAACAUACAAAUUUAAACAUGUCUUUUUAAGACAAAAAAAAUGGACAUUUGAACCAGUUCCUUUACGAAUAAGUAACUUAGGAAGUAAUUCAUUUGCACAUGAAGGUUCAGAUUAUAAACCUACUCCUACCAAAAAAUCAUCUGAUAUGCCAGAUGUAUUUACUAAGUUUAUAGACUCUUUAAAUUUGGACUUAACCAAGACGUCUGCUGUUGAAUCUGCUAUUACUAUACAAAAAGCAGCUGAAGAGCAUUUGAGUCAAUUAAUACCAGACUUAUGUAAGUCUGAUCUUGAAGUAGCAGAGCUUGAAAGACAAGUUAAGGAAUUCAUGCUUAUCAAAAAGACAAAAGUUAAUGGUAAUUCAAAUAAUGUAACUGAUUCCUAUGAGUCUGAAAAAGAUGAAUUUACGGACGCAAGACAGAAAUCAGGGAAAACAUCUCCAUCCAGAAUUGAACCUUUAGAUGAUACUUGUCAAGAAUCUCGUACAAUAAAGGACCAUUCUACUGCACCUAAUAAAACAAUGACUGCUCAUAAACCGAAGAAUUCAACAACAUGUACUGAACAAAAUGUUGAUCAAGAUAAAUCGAAGAGGUCGACCACAAGUAUAAUGAACAGUCCGAGUCAAGACCCACCGCCUAUAAAUUCAGUUUCAGAAAUAAAAGUUAAUGUCACAGAAAAUGUAUCAAGUAAGAACAGGCGUUUUUCUAAUGUAGAAUCAGAAAUCGUGAAAGAAUCGAUCUGUAGAGGUGAAACGAACGUAAGUGGUUUUGGAAGGGGCAGAGGUAAAUUGCUACAAGACUACAUAGGACUGAAAAAAGCUAGAAGGACUUCAGGCCCAGAAUCAUCUGAGGCAAACAGUGUGCAAAAUACUUCCCUUCAAAUGUCUUACAAUCAGAUUACGAAGAAAAAAGUAGACAGUGUACGUAAAUCGGAUACAACUAAUAAUCAUUAAAUAAAAAUCGUUUCUUUAUUUUUAAUUCACCCCAAAAGCUUUAUAACGCUCUAUUUGUAGAACAAUUUCUACAAAAACAAAUCAACCAAGAUUUUAGAGCGCUUAUGCUACACACAAUGUAAAUAUAUAUUUUAAAAUAUAAAUAUAAUAUGAAUUGAUCAUGUUUGUAUUAUAUGCAGACUGGUCUAUUUCUAGAAAAUCUUAAUCUUACAGAGAUAUAUAAAACGGUAUUGUGUCGUGUUCAUAGUAUCGAAUCUGUGCAUUAUAAAGUGGAGAGGCAUCAUAGACUGAAGUACUGAAUAGUUUUUAAUAUGCGUUUUUCUGGAUGUUCUAUAUUUAAAAAAUGUUCUCAUUCGCAUUACCACUUUUUUGUUCUAUUUUAAUAAUAUAUCUCAAAUAUUUGCAAUGCUCUAUGCUCUUAAAUUAAUUGUGAAAUUGAGAAAAAAGUAUACAGCACAUGUUGUUUUUUUGUACAUUUUUUUAAAUUGUGCCAUUACAUUAAGUAUUUGAUGUACAAAAUAAAUACAAAUA